AUGGAGGGCGCAGGGCCCCGGGGGGCCGGGCCGGCGCGGCGCCGGGGAGCCGGGGGGCCGUCGCUGCUGCUGCUGCUGCUCUGGCUGCUGCCCGGCCCCGCGGCGCCCCAGGAGCUGAGCCCGCGCGGCCGCAACGUGUGCCGCGCACCCGGCUCCCAGGAGCUCACGUGCUGCGCCGGCUGGAGACAGCAGGGGGACGAGUGUGGGAUCGCUGUGUGCGAAGGCAACUCCACGUGCUCGGAGAACGAGGUGUGCGUGCGACCCGGCGAGUGCCGCUGCCGCCACGGCUAUUUCGGGGCCAACUGCGACACCAAGUGCCCGCGCCAGUUCUGGGGUCCCGACUGCAAGGAGCUCUGCGUCUGCCACCCGCACGGGCAGUGCGAGGACGUGACGGGCCAGUGUACGUGUCACGCGCGGCGCUGGGGCGCACGCUGCGAGCAUGCGUGCCAGUGCCAGCACGGCGCGUGCCACCCGCGGAGCGGCGUGUGUCGCUGCGAGCCCGGCUGGUGGGGCCCGCAGUGCGCCAGCGCGUGCUACUGCAGCGCCACGUCGCGCUGCGACCCGCAGACGGGCGCGUGCCUGUGCCGCGCGGGCUGGUGGGGCCGCAGCUGCAACAACCAGUGCGCCUGCAGCUCGUCGCCGUGCGAGCAGCAGAGCGGCCGCUGCCAGUGCCGGGAGCGCACGUUCGGCGCGCGCUGCGAGCGCUACUGCCAGUGCUUCCGCGGCCGCUGCCACCCGGUGGACGGCACGUGCGCGUGCGAGCCCGGCUACAGGGGCAAGUACUGCCGGGAGCCGUGCCCCGCCGGCUUCUACGGCCUGGGCUGCCGCCGCCGAUGCGGCCAGUGCAAGGGCCAGCAGCCGUGCACCGUGGCCGAGGGCCGCUGCCUGACGUGCGAGCCCGGCUGGAACGGCACCAAGUGCGACCAGCCGUGCGCCGCCGGCUUCUACGGCGAGGGCUGCGGCCGCCGAUGCCCGCCGUGUCGCGACGGGCACGCCUGCAACCACGUGACCGGCAAGUGCGCGCGCUGCAACGCGGGCUGGAUCGGCGACCGGUGUGAGACCAAGUGCAGCAAUGGCACGUACGGCGAGGACUGCGCGUUCGUGUGCGCCGACUGCGGGAGCGGCCACUGCGACUUCCAGUCCGGACGAUGCCUCUGCAGCCCGGGCGUCCAUGGGCCCCACUGUAACCUGACCUGCCCGCCCGGGCUCCACGGCGUGGACUGCGCCCAGGCCUGCAGCUGCCACGAGGACUCGUGCGACCCGGUCACCGGUGCCUGCCGCCUGGAGACCAACCAGCGCAAGGGCGUGAUGGGCGCGGGGGCGCUGCUCGCCCUGCUCCUCGGCCUGCUGCUCUCGCUGCUCGGCUGCUGCUGCGCCUGCCGCGGCAAGGACCCAGCGCGCGGGCCCCGCCCCCGCAGGGAGCUCUCGCUGGGGAGGAAGGCGCCGCAGCGCCUGUGCGGACGCUUCAGUCGUAUCAGCAUGAAGCUACCCCGGAUCCCGCUCCGCAGGCAGAAGCUGCCCAAGGUCGUAGUGGCCCGCCACGACCUGGAGCACACACUCAGCUGCAGCUUCCUGGAGCCGCCCUCGGGGCUGGAGCAGCCCUCACCAUCAUGGUCCUCCCGGGCCUCCUUCUCCUCCUUUGAUACCACGGAUGAAGGCCCCGUGUACUGCGUACCCCACGAGGAGGCGGCCGCCGAGAGCCGGGAUUCGGAGGCCCCCGCCGCGGCGCCGGUGACCACGCCCGCGGAGGAGGCGGCGCCCCUCCCCGCGUCCUCCGACAGCGAGCGGUCCGCGUCGAGCGGCGACGGGCCCGGAGGGGCGCUGUAUGCGCGCGUGGCCCGGCGCGAGGCCCGGCCGGCCCGGGUCCGAGACGAGGCCCGAGGCCUGUCGCUUUCGCCAUCGCCCGAGCGCCGGAAGCCGCCGCCACCCGACCCCGCCACCAAACCCAAGGUGUCCUGGGUCCAUGGCAAGCAGGGUGCUGGGGCCGCCGCCGCCGCCGCCCCCGCGCCCUCGCCUCCACCCGCGGGCCCCGAGGCCGCUCCCAGCCCCAGCAAGAGGAAACGGACGCCCAGCGACACGUCGGCGCGGCCCCCCGGGCUGGCAGAGGAGGGGCCGGGCCUCGCGGCACCCUCCCCGCCUCGGGCUCGGGCUCGGGGCCGCGGCCCGGGCCUCCCAGAGCCCACGGACGCUGGCGGGCCCCCGCGCAGCGCGCCGGAGGCCGCCUCCAUGCUGGCCGCCGAGCUGCGCGACAAGACUCGCAGCCUGGGCCGUGCCGAGGGGCCCCCGGGCAUGCAGGGCCCCCGAGAGAAGCCGGCGCCUCCGCAAAAGGCCAAGCGCUCCGCGCCUCCCUCUUCUCCCGCCCGUGCGUCCCCCGCGCCUGAGGCCCUGGGGCCCGAAAAGGCGGCAGCCGGCGUGUCCGGAUCCGACACCCCUCGAAAGAAAACCCCCAUCCAGAAGCCGCCCCGCAAGAAGAGCCGGGAGCUGGCGGGCGAGCCGGGCCGGGUGGGCGCACCCACGCUGUAGUACGGGCGCCCCGUGGGCCUGCAACUUCCCCGCUUAGCAGCGCUGCUUGGCACCCCGUGCCCCGCGCCCCCGCGUCUCCCGCGGGGGCCCCAGUCUGGAGCCGCCGGGCGGGAGGCUGCGUCUCGCUGAUUCAGGCCCCGCGGCCCUCCUGGACGGGACCAUGGUCACUGCGGCAGGAAGCCCCAUCCGGUGGCUGAGGCCUGACAGGCGCUUCGCUGACCCCUCCCUUCCCACGGCCUCCCUGGGGAGGGCUCCCGUCUGCCCGCCGGGCUCUCCCAGGCCAGGGGCAGGAGGGCUCUGUCUGGAGAACACCUCCCACUGGCCCAGAGUGCCUUGGCUGGGCCGCCUUCUCACUGGCUGGGGCCAGAAGCACUUCCACCCUGGAUGCCUCUCUGGUCAAGGCCUGGUGCCUCUGGCUGGAAGCUCCUUCCACUGGCUGAGCCCCAGGGCCUCUGGUUGACAGGAGCCUGGGGAGGAGGGCUGGUCUCUGCUCCUCAGGGGGCUUGGCUGUCCCCCACCAGUCCUUCCCAGCCCCCUCCGCUGUCGAGCUGGUUUUGAUGGCCUCCCAGCACCCCACAUGCCUGGGAAUCCGAGGGGCGACUCCAGUGGCCUGAGGAGAUGUAUUUAUAGGCCCCCGGCAGGGCUGCUCCCACCCCCCCCCCCCGG